GGAGGACUUGUAGCUGUCUUUGCAGGCAGGCAUUUGCUUAGAGCAGGCUGUGUGCUAGCCCAGCAUCAAGUGAUUCCGGCCUCCUCGAGUCAGCGGUGGUGGGAUGAGGCUCUGCCGAGGGGACUGGCUGUGAAGGAUGAGUUCAGGGUGGGAUGACGGACCGCUUCUGGGACCAGUGGUAUCUCUGGUAUCUCCGCUUGCUCCGGCUGCUGGAUCGAGGGUCUUUUCGGAAUGAUGGUUUGAAAGCUUCUGAUGUCCUUCCUAUCCUAAAGGAAAAAGUGGCCUUCGUGUCUGGGGGUCGUGAUAAGCGAGGCGGACCCAUCCUGACCUUCCCUGCUCGCAGCAAUCAUGACAGAAUAAGACAGGAAGACCUGCGGAAACUCGUGACAUAUUUGGCCAGCGUGCCAAGUGAGGACGUGUGCAAACGUGGCUUCACUGUCAUCAUCGACAUGCGGGGCUCCAAGUGGGACCUCAUCAAGCCCCUCCUCAAAACGCUGCAGGAAGCCUUUCCAGCUGAGAUCCAUGUGGCCCUCAUCAUCAAACCCGACAACUUCUGGCAGAAACAGAAGACCAACUUUGGCAGCUCCAAAUUCAUCUUUGAGACCAGCAUGGUAUCUGUGGAGGGCCUCACGAAGCUGGUGGACCCCUCCCAGCUGACGGAGGAGUUUGACGGCUCCCUGGACUACAACCAUGAGGAGUGGAUUGAACUGCGGCUCUCCCUGGAGGAGUUCUUCAACAGCGCCGUGCACCUGCUCUCCCGCCUCGAGGACCUCCAGGAGAUGCUAGCCCGGAAGGAGUUUCCUGUGGAUGUGGAGGGCUCUCGGCGGCUCAUUGAUGAGCACACACAGCUCAAGAAAAAGGUGCUGAAGGCCCCUGUGGAGGAGCUGGACCGAGAGGGGCAGCGGCUGCUGCAGUGCAUCCGCUGCAGCGAUGGCUUCUCAGGACGCAACUGCAUCCCGGGCAGUGCCGACUUCCAGAGCCUGGUCCCUAAGAUCACCAGCCUCCUAGACAAGCUGCAUUCUACGCGGCAGCACCUGCACCAGAUGUGGCACGUGCGCAAGCUCAAGCUGGACCAGUGCUUUCAGCUGCGGCUCUUCGAGCAGGAUGCUGAGAAGAUGUUCGACUGGAUAAGCCACAACAAGGAGUUAUUCCUCCAAAGCCACACGGAGAUUGGAGUCAGCUACCAGUAUGCCCUAGACCUUCAGACGCAGCACAAUCACUUUGCCAUGAACUCCAUGAAUGCCUAUGUCAACAUCAACCGCAUCAUGUCUGUGGCUUCCCGCCUCUCUGAGGCUGGCCAUUAUGCCUCACAACAAAUCAAGCAGAUCUCCACCCAGCUAGACCAGGAGUGGAAGAGCUUUGCUGCUGCCCUGGAUGAACGCAGCACCAUCCUCGCCAUGUCUGCUGUGUUCCACCAGAAGGCUGAGCAGUUCCUGUCUGGUGUGGACGCCUGGUGCAAAAUGUGCAGUGAAGGUGGACUGCCAUCUGAGAUGCAGGACCUGGAGCUGGCAAUCCACCACCACCAGACUUUAUAUGAGCAGGUGACCCAAGCCUACACAGAGGUCAGCCAGGAUGGCAAAGCUCUGCUAGAUGUGCUGCAGCGGCCCCUGAGCCCUGGGAACUCCGAAUCCCUCACAGCCACAGCCAACUACUCCAAAGCAGUGCACCAGGUGCUGGACGUGGUGCACGAGGUGUUACACCACCAGCGACGGCUGGAGAGCAUCUGGCAGCACCGCAAGGUGCGACUCCACCAGCGGCUGCAGCUCUGUGUCUUCCAGCAGGAUGUACAGCAGGUGUUGGACUGGAUUGAAAACCAUGGUGAGGCCUUUCUCAGCAAACACACUGGAGUUGGGAAGUCCCUACAUCGAGCCCGGGCCUUGCAGAAGAGGCAUGAUGACUUUGAAGAGGUGGCUCAGAAUACGUACACCAAUGCGGACAAGCUUCUAGAAGCAGCGGAGCAGUUGGCUCAGACCGGGGAAUGUGACCCCGAGGAGAUCUACAAGGCAGCUCGACACCUAGAGGUGCGCAUCCAAGACUUCGUGCGCAGGGUGGAGCAGCGGAAGCUUCUCCUGGACAUGUCUGUCUCCUUCCACACACACACCAAAGAGUUGUGGACAUGGAUGGAAGAUCUUCAGAAGGAGAUGUUGGAGGAUGUAUGUGCAGACUCUGUGGAUGCAGUCCAGGAACUGAUCAAGCAGUUCCAGCAGCAGCAGACUGCCACUCUAGAUGCCACCCUCAAUGUCAUCAAGGAAGGCGAAGACCUUAUCCAGCAGCUCAGGUCAGCGCCUCCCUCCCUGGGGGAGCCCAGCGAGGCCAGGGACUCAGCUGUGUCCAACAACAAAACACCCCACACCAGCUCCAUCAGCCACAUCGAGUCGGUCCUGCAGCAGCUUGAUGAUGCCCAGGUGCAGAUGGAGGAGCUAUUCCAUGAGCGGAAGAUUAAGCUGGACAUCUUCCUGCAACUGCGCAUCUUUGAGCAGUACACCAUCGAGGUGACAGCAGAGCUAGAUGCCUGGAAUGAAGACCUGCUUCGGCAGAUGAAUGACUUCAACACAGAGGACCUAACCCUGGCAGAACAGCGGCUGCAGCGCCACACAGAACGGAAGCUAGCCAUGAACAACAUGACCUUUGAGGUCAUCCAGCAAGGCCAGGAUCUGCACCAAUACAUCAUGGAGGUCCAGGCAUCAGGAAUUGAGUUGAUCUGUGAGAAAGACAUUGAUCUGGCAGCCCAGGUACAAGAGUUACUGGAAUUUCUCCAUGAGAAGCAGCAUGAAUUGGAGCUCAAUGCGGAGCAAACUCAUAAGCGGCUAGAGCAGUGCCUCCAAUUACGGCACCUCCAGGCUGAAGUCAAACAGGUCCUGGGAUGGAUCCGCAAUGGUGAGUCAAUGCUCAACGCCAGCCUGGUCAAUGCCAGCUCUUUGUCGGAAGCAGAGCAGCUACAGCGGGAGCAUGAGCAGUUCCAACUGGCCAUCGAGUCCCUCUUUCAUGCCACUUCCUUGCAGAAGACGCACCAGAGCGCCCUGCAGGUACAGCAGAAAGCCGAGGUGCUGCUCCAGGCUGGCCACUACGAUGCCGAUGCCAUCCGGGAAUGUGCUGAGAAGGUGGCCCUCCACUGGCAGCAGCUCAUGCUGAAGAUGGAAGACCGGCUAAAACUGGUCAAUGCCUCUGUGGCCUUUUACAAAACUUCUGAACAGGUCUGUAGUGUCCUGGAGAGCUUAGAGCAAGAAUACCGGAGAGAUGAGGACUGGUGUGGUGGACGAGAUAAGCUGGGGCCAGCGGCAGAGAUCGACCAUGUCAUUCCACUCAUCAGCAAACAUUUGGAACAAAAGGAGGCUUUUCUUAAGGCCUGUACCCUGGCUCGGCGGAACGCUGAGGUGUUUCUCAAGUACAUCCACAGGAACAACGUCAGCAUGCCCAGUGUCGCCAGCCACACUCGGGGACCCGAGCAACAAGUGAAAGCCAUCCUGAGUGAGCUCCUGCAAAGGGAGAAUCGCGUGCUGCAUUUCUGGACUUUGAAGAAGCGUCGGUUAGACCAGUGCCAGCAAUAUGUGGUGUUCGAGCGCAGCGCUAAGCAGGCGCUGGACUGGAUCCAAGAAACAGGUGAAUUUUACCUCUCAACACAUACCUCCACUGGAGAGACCACAGAGGAGACUCAGGAACUGCUGAAAGAGUAUGGGGAAUUCAGGGUACCUGCCAAGCAAACAAAGGAGAAGGUGAAGCUUCUGAUUCAGCUGGCCGAUAGCUUUGUGGAAAAAGGCCACAUUCAUGCCACGGAGAUAAGGAAAUGGGUGACCACGGUGGACAAGCACUACAGAGAUUUCUCCCUGAGGAUGGGGAAGUACCGGUACUCCCUGGAGAAAGCCCUAGGAGUCAACACAGAGAAUAAUAAGGAUAACAUGAUUAUUGAUCAAGAAAAGCUCAUAGUCAGAUUUAUUAUGGCUGAACUACUCCAGACAGAGAAGGCUUAUGUAAGGGAUUUACAUGAGUGCUUAGAGACCUACCUGUGGGAAAUGACCAGUGGUGUGGAGGAGAUCCCCCCUGGGAUCCUCAAUAAAGAGCAUAUCAUCUUUGGCAACAUCCAAGAGAUCUACGAUUUCCAUAACAACAUCUUCCUCAAAGAGCUGGAGAAGUACGAGCAGCUGCCUGAAGACGUGGGACACUGCUUUGUUACCUGGGCAGACAAAUUUCAGAUGUAUGUCACCUACUGUAAAAACAAGCCUGAUUCCAACCAGCUUAUCCUGGAGCAUGCAGGCACCUUCUUUGAUGAGAUACAGCAGCGGCAUGGUCUAGCCAACUCCAUCUCUUCCUACCUAAUUAAGCCUGUCCAAAGGAUCACCAAAUAUCAACUGCUCCUGAAGGAACUUUUAACUUGCUGCGAAGAAGGGAAAGGGGAGCUCAAGGAUGGCCUGGAAGUGAUGCUCAGUGUCCCAAAGAAAGCCAAUGAUGCCAUGCAUGUCAGCAUGCUGGAAGGGUUCGACGAGAACCUGGACGUGCAGGGGGAGUUGAUUCUUCAGGAUGCCUUUCAAGUGUGGGACCCAAAGUCGCUGAUCCGGAAGGGGCGGGAGCGGCACUUGUUCCUCUUUGAGAUCUCCUUGGUUUUUAGCAAGGAGAUCAAAGACUCUACAGGACACACGAAAUAUGUUUACAAGAACAAGCUACUGACCUCAGAGCUGGGUGUGACCGAGCACGUGGAGGGCGACCCCUGCAAAUUUGCCUUGUGGUCUGGGCGCACCCCAUCCUCAGACAAUAAAACAGUGCUGAAAGCCUCCAACAUUGAAACCAAGCAGGAGUGGAUCAAGAACAUUCGAGAGGUGAUUCAAGAAAGGAUCAUUCACCUGAAAGGAGCUUUAAAGGAGCCACUUCAGCUCCCCAAAACACCAGCCAAACAGAGGAACAAUAGUAAGAGGGAUGGAGUGGAGGAUAUUGACAGCCAGGGGGAUGGGAGCAGCCAACCAGACACCAUCUCCAUUGCUUCUAGGACCUCUCAGAACACAGUGGACAGUGACAAGCUCUCUGGCGGAUGUGAGCUGACCGUGGUCCUCCAGGACUUCAGUGCUGGCCACAGCACCGAGCUGACCAUCCAGGUGGGGCAGACAGUGGAGCUGCUGGAGCGGCCCAGCGAGCGGCCCGGUUGGUGUCUGGUCCGUACCACAGAACGAAGCCCGCCCUUGGAGGGCCUGGUCCCCAGCAGUGCCCUGUGCAUCUCACACUCCCGAAGCAGCGUGGAGAUGGACUGCUUCUUCCCCUUGGUGAAAGAUGCAUACUCUCAUUCCUCAAGUGAGAAUGGAGGCAAAUCCGAGUCUGUGGCCAACCUGCAGGCCCAGCCCUCCCUGAACUCCAUCCACAGUUCCCCGGGUCCCAAGCGCUCCACCAACACCCUUAAGAAGUGGCUGACAAGUCCUGUGCGUCGCCUCAACAGCGGGAAAGCAGAUGGAAACAUCAAAAAGCAGAAGAAAGUUCGUGAUGGUCGGAAGAGCUUUGACCUGGGAUCUCCCAAGCCUGGGGAUGAGACAACCCCUCAGGGAGACAGCGCUGAUGAGAAGAGCAAGAAAGGUUGGGGUGAAGAUGAGCCGGAUGAAGAGUCACACACACCCCUCCCACCACCUAUGAAGAUUUUUGACAACGACCCUACACAGGAUGAAAUGUCCUCCUCUUUGCUAGCAGCCCGGCAGGCUUCCACUGAAGUACCUACUGCUGCAGACCUUGUCAGUGCAAUAGAAAAGUUGGUCAAAAACAAGCUGAGUCUAGAAGGAGGGUCAUACCGGGGAAGCUUGAAAGACCCUGCAGGCUGCCUGAAUGAGGGGAUGGCCCAACCCACUCCUCCUAGAAACCUGGAAGAAGAACAGAAAGCCAAGGCCCUGAGAGGCAGGAUGUUUGUCCUGAAUGAGCUGCUUCAGACUGAGAAAGACUAUGUCAAGGAUCUGGGCAUUGUGGUGGAGGGCUUCAUGAAGAGAAUAGAAGAAAAGGGUGUCCCUGAGGAUAUGCGAGGAAAGGACAAAAUCGUGUUUGGAAAUAUUCAUCAGAUUUAUGACUGGCAUAAGGAUUUUUUCCUGGCGGAACUGGAAAAGUGUAUCCAGGAGCAAGACAGAUUGGCACAGCUCUUUAUUAAGCAUGAGCGGAAGCUGCACAUCUACGUGUGGUAUUGUCAGAAUAAGCCACGCUCAGAGUACAUCGUUGCUGAGUAUGACGGCUACUUUGAGGAGGUAAAACAGGAGAUAAAUCAGAGGCUGACACUGAGUGACUUCCUCAUCAAGCCCAUUCAGAGAAUAACAAAAUACCAGUUGCUCCUCAAGGACUUCCUGAGAUACAGCGAGAAGGCUGGUUUGGAGUGUUCAGAUAUCGAGAAAGCAGUGGAGUUAAUGUGCCUUGUUCCCAAACGUUGCAAUGACAUGAUGAAUCUAGGACGUCUGCAGGGCUUUGAGGGCACCCUGACUGCUCAAGGGAAGCUGCUGCAACAGGACACGUUCUAUGUGAUAGACCUGGAUGCGGGCAUGCAGUCCCGGACCAAAGAGAGGCGCGUGUUCCUCUUUGAGCAGAUUGUCAUCUUCAGUGAACUGCUCAGGAAGGGAUCCCUCACCCCCGGCUACAUGUUCAAAAAGAGCAUCAAGAUGAAUUAUUUGGUCCUGGAGGAGAAUGUGGACAAUGAUCCCUGCAAGUUUGCACUCAUGAACAGAGAGACUUCUGAGAAGGUCAUUCUGCAAGCCGCCAACGCUGACAUCCAGCAGGCCUGGGUGCAGGACAUCAAUCAAGUCUUAGAAACACAGCGAGACUUUUUGAAUGCACUGCAGUCGCCCAUUGAGUAUCAGCGGAAAGAAAGGAGCACAGCCGUGAUGAGGUCUCAACCUGCCAGGCUUCCCCAAGCCAGCCCCAGGCCCUACUCCUCUGCUCCUGUGGUCUCAGAGAAGCCCCCAAAGGGCUCCAGCUAUAACCCACCUCUGCCACCCCUGAAGAUACCUACCUCCAAUGGCAGUCCAGGGUUUGAAUACCACCAGCCUGGGGACAAGUUUGAAGCCAGCAAGCAGAACGACCUGGGAGGCUGCAAUGGGACCUCGUCCAUGGCCGUGAUCAAAGAUUACUAUGCACUGAAGGAGAAUGAAAUCUGUGUGAGCCAAGGUGAGGUGGUCCAGGUCCUCGCCGUCAACCAGCAGAACAUGUGUCUGGUGUACCAGCCUGCCAGCGACCAUUCCCCCGCCGCCGAGGGCUGGGUCCCAGGCAGCAUCCUGGCGCCCCUCACCAAAGCCACAGCAGCAGAAAGUAGUGACGGGAGCAUCAAGAAGUCAUGUUCAUGGCAUACUCUACGAAUGAGAAAGCGGGCGGAAGUGGAGAACACGGGUAAAAAUGAAGCCACAGGGCCUCGUAAACCCAAGGAUAUUCUGGGCAACAAAGUCUCUGUUAAAGAGACGAACAGUUCCGAGGAAUCAGAGUGUGAUGAUCUUGACCCUAAUACUAGCAUGGAGAUCUUAAAUCCAAAUUUCAUCCAAGAAGUGGCCCCAGAAUUCCUUGUGCCCUUGGUGGAUGUGACCUGCUUGCUUGGGGACACAGUAAUACUGCAGUGCAAAGUCUGUGGGCGGCCGAAGCCCACCAUCACUUGGAAGGGUCCAGACCAGAACAUCCUUGACACUGACAACAGCUCGGCCACAUACAGCGUCUCCUCUUGUGAUUCUGGAGAAAUAACCCUGAAGAUCUGCAAUCUGAUGCCCCAAGACAGCGGGAUUUAUACCUGCAUAGCAACAAAUGACCACGGGACCACAUCAACAUCUGCAACAGUCAAAGUGCAAGGUGUUCCAGCAGCCCCUAACCGUCCCAUUGCCCAGGAGAGAAGCUGCACCUCCGUGAUUCUCCGCUGGCUGCCCCCCUCCAGCACAGGAAACUGCACUAUUUCUGGUUACACUGUGGAGUACAGAGAGGAAGGUUCUCAGACCUGGCAGCAGUCGGUGGCUUCGACCUUGGACACUUACCUCGUCAUCGAAGACCUUAGUCCCGGGUGUCCUUAUCAGUUCAGAGUCAGUGCCAGUAACCCCUGGGGAAUCAGCCUUCCCAGCGAGCCCUCGGAGUUUGUGCGACUUCCAGAAUAUGAUCCUGCCGCUGAUGGUGCCACCAUUUCUUGGAAGGAAAAUUUUGACUCAGCUUACACUGAGCUGAAUGAAAUUGGAAGAGGCCGUUUCUCUAUAGUAAAGAAAUGCAUCCACAAAGCUACCCGCAAAGAUGUGGCUGUGAAAUUUGUUAGCAAAAAAAUGAAGAAGAAAGAACAGGCUGCCCACGAGGCUGCCCUGCUUCAGCACCUACAGCACCCCCAGUACAUCACUCUCCAUGACACCUAUGAGUCCCCCACAUCCUACAUCCUGAUUUUGGAACUGAUGGAUGAUGGCCGGCUGUUAGACUACCUUAUGAAUCAUGAUGAACUGAUGGAGGAAAAAGUAGCUUUCUAUAUCCGAGACAUCAUGGAGGCUCUGCAGUACCUUCACAACUGCAGGGUUGCACAUUUGGACAUAAAGCCUGAAAACCUGCUCAUUGACCUACGGAUUCCAGUGCCUCGAGUGAAGCUCAUUGACUUGGAGGAUGCUGUCCAGAUCUCGGGUCACUUCCACAUUCACCACCUGCUGGGAAACCCCGAGUUUGCUGCCCCAGAAGUCAUCCAAGGCAUCCCUGUCUCCCUGGGGACAGACAUCUGGAGCAUUGGGGUUCUGACAUAUGUCAUGCUGAGUGGGGUCUCCCCCUUCCUGGAUGAGAGCAAAGAGGAGACAUGUAUCAACGUAUGCAGGGUGGAUUUCAGCUUUCCCCAUGAAUACUUCUGUGGUGUGAGCAAUGCUGCCAGAGAUUUCAUCAAUGUGAUCUUACAGGAAGACUUUCGGAGGCGGCCCACAGCAGCCACAUGCCUACAGCAUCCAUGGCUGCAGCCCCAUAAUGGCAGCUACUCUAAGAUCCCCCUGGACACCUCCCGCCUAGCAUGCUUCAUAGAACGCCGCAAGCACCAGAAUGAUGUACGGCCUAUACCCAAUGUCAAGAGCUACAUUGUCAACCGGGUGAACCAAGGGACGUAGCUAUCUCCCAGCCCCUAUGGUUUCACAUAGAAGUGCAGUGUGAACCAAAGCAAGACUGAAUGUGACUGUAAAUAAUUCUGUUCGUCAUUUCACUCCAUGCAGUUCUCUGAUUUGAGAGAUGUACCUCUUAAACCUCGAUAAUAGCUAUUCAGGGUCUGAGCAGCAGAAAAAGUCACCCGCAAUCCAGGAGCUUUCCAGAAAGUCAUUCUGAAGAAAUAAACAGGCAAAGGGUCACAGAAGUGUUCAGAAGAAGGGCAAGGAUAAGAACAAUAUUAGCUGUUAUGAAAUUUUAACUGUAUCUUCCAAAAUGAGUGGUUAACUGGGCAAACCUUAAGCUCACAAGAGUGUAAAAGGUCUCUGGCUUUGCUGAAAUUUUAAGCAAAAAGUUCUAUUUAGUGGAGAUGUCAUGUAUAUCAACUAUUCUGGUUUAGAUAACUUAGAUAUAGUUUCUUAAUAAGAUACAUAUACACAUACAGUAUAAUAUAUCCCAUUCAGGUUUCAGAGUUUUCUAAUAUAAAGAGAUAUAUAUUAAAUCAAUCACAAGGAACUGAGUGCUCCAGUUAAGACAGUAAUUUAUUUACCGAAGCAUUACAUUGUUUUGACUAAGCACAAUUAGAUAAGUUUUUUAGAGCAUUUUAUAAAUCUUGUAUAGAAAUCUUUUACCAGAACCUGUGCAUUAAGAGAAAGCAAUGUUGCCCUUUUGAAUGAGAAGAUUUUUUCUGUCAAUCACAGGUUUUUUGGUUAAGAUAGGUUCUUUCUGUGUAUGAAACACUACCUGCAAAUUCACUGGUAGCUCAGAGUUAAUCGGGCAAGCAAGCCUAUCGGGAAAUAAGUUCAAAUACAGUAUGAGCUGCGGGAGUAUUUUCGUGUCUACACCGGGUUUGAAAUAAGUAAACGAAUAUGAGAGAUCCAUACAAAAGGGCAAAUGGAAACCUCUCCUAUGGUUCCUAUGAACAACACACCAAUACUUUCUGAUUUCUUCUACGGCUGUAGAAUACAGUCUUUCAGAAAGUUAGCUGGCUUUAUUUCUAACUCCUUAUUGAAGCUAAGGGGUGCUUACUAAAAGGAGGCAGCCAUAUAGGCCUUCUAAAGGCCUGGCCCUAAGUCCUUUCUAAAGCCAUGGGACAAAACCUGAUACAUCACCCUAACAGAACAUUAAGUUGUAACUGAGAUUGCAAUACCUGUUACCACUCAGCUGCUGAUAGUUCUCUGAACUAAAGGGACUAAUUUUACUUUGAGGCCAAUGCUGCUUUCUGGUAUAUAUUCUUCAUACAAGAUUAUUAUUAACUGCUCUUUUUCCCUCUGGUGGAAAAAAAAAUUAAACCUGGGCGCUUCAUGGGUUUUCUUUCUUUAUUUUUGUUUGUUGGGGGAGAGGGAGUUUGUUUUUUGUGUUUGUACAUGAUCCAUCCUUAGUUUUCUAGAAUGCGUGUUGAAAUGCUAUUAUACAAGUAAGAUUUUAAAAAUAUAACUCAAGUGUUUGUUCGAAUCAGGUUUAAUGGCAUUGCUUCUCUCCUAUAAUGGGAUAGAGAAAAUUAAAAUCUCGCAGUACAGAGGUUCAAGAAGAGAACGUAUGAAGGACGAAUAGAACUACAAAUCUAUCUAAAUGAAAAAGAAAUGGUGGAAACUAAGCCUGAACUUUAACAUAUAAAGAAAACACUUAUUCCCACAGUGGAAACGUAAAAUUAAAAAUCAUCAUCAUUUUUUUUCUUAUUGGUUUCAGAGUCAGCUUCCUCAUCCCAUCCAAGAUUAUAGAUUGAUACCUUAGUGGAAAGUAUAAGCAAUAAGACUAGAUAGCACUUAGUAUUUUUGGGAUUAACCAAAUAUAUGGAAACCGACUCCGACUGUAUCUGACUAUAUUUGUUUUCUAGUUUUCAAACGGCCCUGGGUCAUUAAGCCUCACUCCCUCAGAGGUCUCUCUUAACUAUACCCUAUAGUCUUCAUUUGAACCUUUAUGUAUGUACAAACACUCUAUGAUACAAUACGUAAAAAUUUAAAACAUACUUACUAAAAAUCCUUUUAGUAAACAUGUUUACUGAAAUUUUUUAAAAUUUAAAACAUAUUUAGUAAAUUUUUUUAGUAAACAUUUUCAUUAUGCUUAAAAAUUUUAAAACAUCUUUAUUAAAAAUCCUUUUAGUAAACAUGUUUACUAAAACCCUUUCAGUAAACAUGUCUUCAUUAUGGUAUACACAUAAAGGAGGAAAGUCCAGCCUGUAGGGUUUGUCAUGGGACAGACUGCAGGCUCUGAGGAUUCCCAAUAUCCAUAAAGUCUGGCUCGGCAAGUUCUGUUCUGUCCACUGUGGAUGACUUGAAUCAAGAUCCCUCUGCUGAGCCAGUCUGAGUUUUUAUAACAAGCUGAGUUUCUUCUUGAGAAGGCCAGGGCCCAGGACAGUAAUGCAUAGACCAUGACGGGUGUAGGGGGAAUGGGGGGUUGUUGAAAUUAUGUUAUGGGGGCAGCUGACAGAAUGUUAGACAGAACCCAAGCUUUCAUAUCAGCUUUUACAACAGCGUUGGAAGGAUCCAAAUGUGGGGUUGCAUGGAAUUCCCCCAAGUACACAUACUGGGGAAGUGAGAAGACAGGAAAGGAGGGACCUAGAAAUGAAGUAGGAUGAUUUUGGGGCCAAGGUACAAUCAUCAGACUAGAAUGAACUUAAUAGAGGUCCCAAGAGAAAGGGAGUAUAUUUUAUAUAGUUUGAGAACAUAGGGAAACUAACAGGAAGGUUCCCUGUCUGCAAGGCUCCUGGUCCCUCCCAACAGGGAUAAGAGAAUAGUCUUGGUUCAAGAAUUCUCCAGAGCAAGUUGGAAAUAACAAGGAAUUCCAGACGAUGGACCUGGGAAAUGUAAUUUAGGUUGUUUUGAGGGCAACCAUGGUUAGGGAAGAAGGAUCAGGGACCACUCUUGUUCCCAUUUUGGCAGACAGAUUUAUUACUUGGUAGUAAAGAAGAGAGGAGAGAAGAGAAAAUAGUCCACUUCUAUCAUAAUGAUGGUAGUUCACAGUGAGACUGAACUCCCAGCUGAAAUGAGAAAAACAAACAAUGGUCAAGGUCACAAGUUUCUUGCUUGGCUUAUAUUCAUUGCAUAAGGUUCUGAGGUUUUUGUUUUGUUUUAUAAGGGUGGGACACAAAUAAUGAAAAGAUCAGGGACAACCCAUAAUAACUUUUAAGAAGUAUUAAUAUAAUGAUUUCCUACAUCUUUUGCAUUUGUUUCAAAUUGAAUAGAUAUAUAUCCAAGUAUAGCUGAAUGUGGUAAAAUUUUUAAGAAAACAAAUGGUAAUGGUGGAGAUGUCCUUCAGGUCUCUCUCAGCCAUAAACAGUGUAAGGGGGAGUAGAGGAAGCAGAGGAGAACGCUAGCUUCACUGCUUUGUGGUCCACAAAGCCUUUAUAAAUAGUAGUGCCUUUCAGAGGGGAGGAUGGGAGAUAAAGAAGUUCAUUGCAUUUAGAUUUACUGACAUUGCAGCAUUUUUUCUUUAUUUUAAAACGUCUUGUAAAUGCAAACAUCUGAAUAUAGGGGUGGAACCAGGAAUUUUUGAGCUUCAAUCUCAGCUAUUCCUGAUUCAUCUUUUCUUACAGAAAGUCUUUGUUUUUUCUUCCCCAAAUGUACCCAUUGGUAAAAUGGGAAUUGGGGGAUGGGGAAGGAGGAAGGACAUUAAUCUUACAGGAAUGUUGAGAAAUAACCUUGGUUGGGACAUCUAUGAAAUACUUUGAUUUUUUUAAAGUGCUAUACACUGCCAGUGCUAAGAAUUUUAUUGAUAGUAACUUUGAACAUUCCAGGUUUUUAAUAUUCACAUCUUUAAAUACCAUUUAUAAACUCAUGAGAUUAAAUUCUGCAAAUUGCUUUCAGAUUAAAUUCUGUAAAUUGCUUUCAGUUGGAAGUAUUAGGUGCUCUUUGUCUAAAUGUUAUUUGGUCUUAGCCUGCAAUUUCGAUCAUUUAAGAGCUUGUCUACUGAAAAGAGUCAGGAGAGCUGAUGAAGUCUUAUGUCCAUAAGCCGUUUUCUCCAGUAUUUUUUAUGGCAAGUGCAAAGAGUAAAAUGCCCUCAAAAGCAGCUGCUACCUUCUCUUCUCAAGCUUUAUGCUCUGGAAAAACAGGCAGAAAAGAACCCAAGAACCAUCUUCCUCGCUUGGGAGGGCAGAAGUGAGAAGAAAACAUCUUCUCAUAUCACAAUUUAUUUUUUACAGUCUCACAGGAAUCUAUUAUAAGAGGCAAAUUAAAGGCACAGGCAAGUUAAAUGCAUAGAAAUGAAUUGGACUGUUCAUUUUUGGAGGACAAACCUUGAAUCUUUUUUUUUUUUUUUUAAGGUGGCUUAGUCUUUCAGGAGUUGCAUAUUUGCUGUCCCAUAACCCCCAUGAUUAGAUCCCAUGAGUUAGGCAUUACUUUUUUCUUGCCUCUGUAGAAGAGCAUGGCAAUUUAGAUUUGUGAGAAUAUGAGGAAGUAAAUAUAAACUAAAUUUUAGUUAUUUCUGUGCAUUAACUAAAACUUUGCCUCAUCUUUUAAUAGAGGAGGAAAUAUUUUGUAAAUAAGAGGUCUUUGUAGAGGGGCAAAGUUCAAACUCACCAUGUCCUUAUUCAGUGUGGACAAUGAAUUGUGCUGGAUGAGUUUUGAGGAAUGUAGACCUUCCUUUCUCUCCUGGGUCGCACCUCUGUGGAGUCUGGGUUAGACAAACACAGUAUAUGACCUUUUAGUGGAUUUAUUUAUAAAACUGCACCUUGCGUUUUCUUCACUAUUUAAAGUCUAGGGAUGAUUUGAGGAUGAAUGAUUAAACCCAGGGUAAGCCUAGAGAAGACAGAGCUCACACAUGUUUCAUCCAGAAAAGGAAAGCCACUAUGUUAAUACUUAUUUUCUAAAAAUAGUAAGACUCUCAGUUGUUUCAUUAAUUCUAAAGGGUUAAAAAGGGCUGAAAUUUGUUUAUAGCACUAAAUGUUUUUAAUAGGAAAUAUUACAUAAAAAAUUUAUACAGAAGUAGGAGAACACAGAAUUCUCAUAAGAACAUAUUUUCUAUGAAAGGCAUUUCUUCCUCAUCUUCAAUAAAUAUAAAGUUAGAGGAGAGGAAAAAGCAGUCACUCCAAGGCAACUUUUCAUCAUUGAGGGACAUUAUGAAAAGCCUGAAAUUUAUAUGCGCAGGCUAUUGCAUUUUUCUGUGAGAAAUGUGCCCAUUUGCUGUGAGAUUCUAAAGUGUGUUCAGAUUUAGGUUUUACUCAAAUGAUCAAGAUAACAGUUUAGCUAGAUAACUGCUAUUUCAGAUAGUGAGGUUAGCUGAGAAAAGGAAGCAUGGUAGAAGAAAUGCAAGUAGCAAUUCUUGGAAUGCCAGCCCCUGAGGCUUAGUUUAACCAAGCUAAUCUGUUGGCCCAGGGAUAGCCAGCAUAGGAGCUUCCAUCAAUACCUGACUUCCAUCGAGAAUUGAGUCCACGUUCUGGAGUACGAUGGAGACUGUUACUAUAACCUCAAAGACUGUCUCUAGGAACCUGAAAUUAAAAAAACAUACAUCGUCUCUUACUAACUUAAGCCAUAUCUGUCAUCUCUAUGUUUGAUUUUUCUGACCCUGGUGCUUUUACUUCUGUUUCUGCCAAACUUCAGCCUACUCUAUGGGGAAGGUGAGUAAAACUAAUAGAACAAAUAAGAAGACUGUGAAAAAAACUAAACAUAUUCUUCAGAAUGAGAUCCUGUUCAGAGAACAGUAGUGGUCAAAGUGCAAACUGUUGGAACAUACGGAUAUAUGUACAUCUGUACAUGUAUAUAGUGUAUAAUAUGUAUGUAUAUGUUAUUGCUCAUAUGCAGAAAUCUAUCCAUUUGCAGACAGCCCAGGUGGGUCAAUUUUUCUAUUGGAAAACCAUUUAGGGCCAUUCAAAACCAUUAGGGCUAAUUUGUGGAGACAAACUCUACUCAUUUGGGAAUUAAUUUGCUGUCUUUUGAUGUCCACAAAGCCAAACUAACAAAGUGUGAAACAUAAAGGGGCCAUCAGUUAGGUUAUUCUGUUUAUCUGGACUUCAUCAUUAUAGUUGAACUAUCAGUUGUCAAUUUGCAAACUGUAUUGGCAUCUCUUGGUUUUCAGUGACCCCUGCCCCCAAGUCUUUUGAGAAUUUGGAGUGGGCUUCACUGGCCAUUCAGACAAAGGGCCUUAUUCAUAAGUGGACAGGUUUCCCCAUAAGGACCAUCACACAUAUACAUAUAAGUAUAUACUUCAUCAGGCUUGUAACAAUUGAUUUAAAAUCACUCCACAGUAUUGAUAAAUAGCUCUAUAUUUUCAAGGUGCAGAAGAAUUCCACAGCCUUAAUUAUUUCAGUGUCUUGCUGGUCUGCCUUAAGUGUAUCUUCUGGAUUUUUGGUUGUUUUAUUAUUUUUUAAAUUUUUCUGCUGUUGUUGAUUUUGUAUGCACACAAUGUCGUUUUGUAAAGGUAGGUUGUAAAUAUUUUAUUUGUAAGUCAAAAUCACUCAUGUGUAAUGUUGUAAAGUGAUGACCUGCUGUCUUGUUUCUGCUACCGUCAAUGUUAUAAGUUAUAGAUGAAACUUCAAAAUGUACAUCUCACAUGUUAUGCAUUCCUAUAAAUAUACUAUACUAAAGAUACUAUAUGGUCGUCCUUUUUUUUUCUAAUUAAACCUUUAUUCAAAGAAAA